UUAAAACUUACACACACACACACACACACACACAGAGACACCGCACACGGCACAACACGGGCAUCAGUGGGCACAUGUUUGUGAGUCGGGAGACACAAUUAUGAAUAACGGUCGCUAUGGCAGAUUUGGAGCACUCAUUGGCAUUUCAUACGUGAGCGGCACGCAUUGCCGUUUUCUGAUCUAUUCCACUCGCAAUGCAGAAGUACUGGCUUUCCAUGAGUUAAAAUUACGUCAAAUAGUUCACCAGGCUGGCUGGUUGGAGUACGAUCCAUCCGAGAUAUACAAAUCGAUGCAAGAGUGCAUAGAGAUUGCCUAUAAGAAUUUGGUUAUACUGGAAAUCAAUCCGCAUGACAUCAUAGCCGUGGGUAUAGUCAAUCAGCGAGGCACCACUGUCCUAUGGAACAAACAAACUGGUCAGGCCCUACAUAAUGCCAUCGCCUGGUGCGAUUCUCGGUCUACUCCCUUGCUGAAGACUUGUCUUCAUAAUAAUAAUAAUAACGUGGACUAUGUGAGACAUCGCAGUGGUCUCCCGCUGAGUAGCUGCUUUAGCGCCCUGAAAAUCCGUUGGCUACUAGAAAAUGUUCCUGCAGUGGGCAAAACAAUUGAGGAAGAUAAAUGUCUAUUUGGGACUUUGGACUCUUGGCUGUUAUGGAAUUUAACGGGCGGCGUAAAUGUUGGAAUACACUCCACAGAUAUCACCAAUGCUCACUAUACGGGUCUAAUGAAUCUGACCAGCCAACAAUGGGAUGCCAAACUAUGUAAAUUUUUUAAACUUCCAAUCGAUAUACUGCCCCGUAUACGUUCCAAUUCUGAGAUCUAUGGCUAUGUGCUGGAGGGUCCAUUGCUGGGUGUGCCCAUUGCUGGAGUUAUGGGUGAACAACCGGCUGCUAUGCUGGGUCAACUGUGCCUAAAGCCGGGACAGAAUAUUUGCACGUUGGAUGACAGUUGCUUUGUUCUCCUCAAUACGGGACGACAAUUGUUGGCAUCGCAAAAUGGACUGAUUAGUGGAAUUGCUUAUAAACUUGGUGCGCAGACGGAGACAUGCUACACUCUGGAGGGGGCCAUUUCCAAUGCAGGAUCAACAGUAAAUUGGUUACGCCAGCGUCUGAAGAUUAAUACCGAAAUCAAUUCCAAUGACAAUGUAAUGGAGUCACUAACCACAUUUUUGGGGGAGAGUUCCAUGAUAUCGUCUUCGUGUUCAUCUUCUAUGUUGAAUGUGGAAUGCGGUUUGGCUGCCAAACGAUCAGAGGUAACAUUUGUUCCCGCAUUUCAUGGUCUAUAUGCUCCUUAUUGGCGUUACGAUGCUAGGGGUAUACUCUUGGGCUUAACCAGUCAGACGACAGCGGAGAAUAUAACCCAAGCGGCAUAUGAGGCUACAGGAUUUCAAAUCUAUGAAGUACUUCAGGCAUUUAAAAAGGAUACACCCAACUGGGAUCAUUCGCGCAUGCAGCCUGUAUUGACCUUUGGCGGGGAUUAUGCCGAGAGCACGCAUCUGGUACAAUUUAUAUCAGAUAUUAUUGGUUAUAUGCUGGAGAGGCCGCAGACUACUUCGCCAUCGGGAUUGGGUGUUAUGAUAGCUGCUGGAAUUACAAUGCGAGCGGUCAGUUUGGAAUAUGCCAUCAAAAUGUAUGCGCCACCCACAGAUGUCUAUGCUCCCACAACCACACCGAAUAGACGUGAGUUGCUUUAUCGUCGCUGGGACUAUGCAGUUAAACGUUGCCUUAACUGGAACAAUUAUGAGACCUACGAAUCGGAUAUAGAGCUAUUUGCUCAACGUGAACAUGAUCCCAAUUUUUCUAUACGACGAUCUCUGCCGGGAAGCUUAUUUAUAACCACUUCCUUUGCGUUAUUUUUGUUGGCCAACUACCUAAAAAACAAUCCCUUGAGUUAAAGUUAGGGAUGAAAUUAGGAAUUUGGGGUAUGAGAUAAAUCUAGUCAACCAAAAACAAAGUAAAAAAAAAAACGAAAGACGAAAAACAAAACUACAAAAAAAAAAAAAAACUAGUUGCAUUAUCAAAAUUUAUGGUUUAGUUUAGCAUUAAAUUUGUACAGUUUACUUUUGUUUAUAUUUUCUAAGUCUAUGGAAUUCCUUUAAUUUUUCUAUUUUAUAGAGCAAAACAAACAUUUGUGAUUCAAUUUUUUUAUACCACAAACAAACAAACACAAACUGCAACCAAUAUGAUUAUGUAUAGUUUUAUAUUAUAUUAUAUUUAUAUGCUUGCUCCUAUAUAUAAGUCUAUAUUGUAAAUUUAAGUUUGUUUAUUAAGUCUGUAUUUAUUUCAAAUGAACUUUAGUUACACAAAACAAAGUCGUAAAGACAAUUGUUAAAGCUGUGGAAUGGUUGAAUGCAUUAAUUAUGUAGGGAACAGCUUCAUAAAACUAUAAAUAAAUAAUAUUUAUAUAUAUAUUUUAUGAA